AUGGCGCCAGACAGCAUGGCCCAUGCCCUUAUCCUGGAACCAUCCAGAGAUCCUCAUUCGUCAUCUGAUUUCUCUAACUUUGACACAGAGUCUGUGCAUCACACAGACAAGGAGAUUCAAGCAGAUCUAGAUCACACCAGUAACUUGGGGGAAUCCGAAUUCUCUUAUCAAGGAGGCGGUGCAGAGUUCAAGGAGAUGCAGGCUGGGAUUGAAUUUGCUGUGCAGAUCACUCCUCUCAAAGACACCAAAAAGCACAGGGAAAAGACGGAUCCUGCAAGGGACACCCCAGCUUCUUUGUACAUUCCAGAUUACGUGAUGGAAACCUUAGACAAUAAGAAUCAAGCAGAGCAGCUGGCAGUCAGCACCCAGAGAGGGACCAGUGGUAUGCCACCUGAAGCAUACUCCAGGAUGGCUGAGAUCAGCAGUUUGGAAGGAAUGGGUCAACUGACUAGUAGGCAGAUCACAGCAGCUGACGUUGACCUGGAAAAGAUAAAGUUGGAUGGUGCAAUGACCAGGAUGAGGUACAGGCAUGAAGAUAAUGAAAAGAGACGGCAGCAUGAGGAAAAAAUGGAACGGAUACGUCACCAGGCAGUUUCUCGAUCAAUUGGACAAGAGCUCCAUGAACUACUCCAGCCCCAGAACCAGUAUGCCCUACUUUUUUUUUGCUUCAUUUUUAUCCAUGUCAUUUAUACAGCCCGGGAGCUGGCUUUCUAUUUUAUUACAAAGCACCACAUAUUCUGCUUUGUCAUUGUGCUGUAUUUCAUUUUCAAGAAGACUGUCCUGGGUUACAGAAAUAAGAAGAAAUAG